CAAAUUUUCAUUAUUUUAUAUGUGCUCUUGAUAACAGCUUAUGACUUUUGCUGAAUGCUAUUUAGUCUGCACAUAAACGCCGUUGCGAAUGAGUUCAACUUAGCAAAGUGAAAGAAUAAAAACAACAUCAACACCUAUCGCCAAAUGUCAAGAGCAUCCAGCACACUUACCUACAGUGUUGCCAUCGGUGUGGGUGUAACACUCGCAUCUGGCCUGGGUUACUACUGGUAUUACCUGCAAUGGAAGAAACGCAACGCAGUGCCUGAAAAAUGGCGUCGUAUUGGCACUUUGGACCAAAUCAAUUUAUACCCCAUUAAGUCGUGUGCACCGUUAACACUAGAUGCCAGCGCAGCGUUUGCGUGCGAUAUGCUCGGCUUGAUGCUUAAUGGCUGCCGCGAUCGCGCACUAAUGGUGAUCAACGAUUCAAAUGAAAUGAUCACCGCGCGCGUUUAUCCACGCAUGGUAUUGAUUGCUACAAAGUUGGUUGGAUUACAGCGAUUGCAAUUGAGCGCACCUGGCAUGGAGCCGAUCGAGUUGGAUUUGGGCGCUUUGAAGGCAGAGGGUGAGCAAAUAAAAACCAUGGUUUGGAGCACCACCGUAUACGUGCGACCAGUCGGAGCUAAAUAUGACAAAUGGUUAUCCAAUUAUCUACUGAAUAAGGGUAGUGGUAUGCGACUGGCCCACUAUCCAUUGGAGAAACCCGUGAAGGCGAUCAAUUCACGCAUGUUGCGUCAGCCAUUCAUUUUAAAGGAGGAUCGUGGAACUUUUAAUGACGCCACCAGCUACAUGCUUAUGAAUUUGGCCUCGAUUAAAGAACUAAACACACGCAUACCCCGUUCGGUAGAUCCAUUGCAGUUUCGUGGAAGCUUCCACCUGAAAAUGGACACCGACGAGCCAUAUGCCGAAGAUCACUGGCAGUGGGUGAAGAUUGGCGACGAGGUGAUUUUCCGUGUAGUGGCACCCUGCACUCGCUGUAUAUUCCCGAAUAUAAAUGUGGUGACAGCAGAGCGGGACCCCGAUGGCGAACCGUUAAAUACAUUGAAGAAGUAUCGCUUGUUUGAAGGUUAUAAAUCGCCGGCACUUGGUAUUCAUCUGGGUUUACGCUUUGCAGGCACCAUCAAGACGAACGCAGUUGUGUAUGUAGAGGAUAAGUCGUAAAAUAAAGAAGAAGAGUUAUCUUAAAUCAUUUUUAA